AUGGCGGCUGCAAAUUGCUGCAUGUGCUUUAUUCUUUUCCUGCUAAACUGGACACUAUGCUUAGGACUCUAUCAAGAUCAAGUUGGACUCUUCGAUUGGCGUCUUAGCUAUCUAGGGAAAGUGAAAUUUUCGUUUUUUGAUGUUUCCACACACAGUAGCAAGCGACUGUAUGUCGGCACAGAAUCUAACGUGAUUGCAGCUCUAAAUUCUAGAACCGGGAGUAUUAUUUGGCGUCAAGUGUUGGAAGAGAAAGAAGGAAAGCUAGAAACGCUCCUUUAUCGCGAUAACACACUGGUAAGCUCAUCAAGUUCGGGGAAAUUUAUCCGAUCUUGGGAUGCAAGUAAUGGAGCUCUUUUGUGGGAGUCGAUGGGUAAAACAACUUCUUCGCCUGGCAAAGAAAGAAGUAAUUCGCCUUUUAGCGGAUGGAACGGGCAACAUGUUGCUCUGGUCGAUGUCAAAGGCAAUGAGCUUGUGGUUUCAUUAUCUCAUAACAUUCUGAAAGGGUUUACACUUCAAGAUGGCUCAGAAAGGUGGGCUUUAGACCUCAGUGAUCAAUCCGCGGAGUACUUCAGUUUUCAACAUGCAAAUGGACUAUUACAUCUUGUAGGAGUACAAAAUGACAUUAACGUCGUUAUUCAGAAGGUAGAUGUAGAGAGUGGAAAAGUUAAAGGAGAAAAAACCAUAGGAGCUCCUUGGGUCAGCAAUGGCGCAAGCUGUGUUUUUGUAAAGAAGUUGAAUCUGGUUUGUGCAGAGACGUUCAGUAACAGUGUUCAUGUGAUUUCCCUCUUUGAUGAGUCAGCUCCAGUAAAAACUAUAUCUCUGGCAUCGUUAGGGUUGGGGGUUGAUGAGCUCUCUAAUACCAAACCCACAUUAGAAUCGCUAGGCUCCUAUUCAAACUCCUGGGAUGGCCGUUCAGAGUUUCUUUUAAAGCUGGCAAAAAGUCAUCAUCUUAUCUUGCACUUGAACACUGAUCACAGCCUAACACUGGUAACAAAAUUUUCCGAUCCGACCAUACUGAGUGCAUCUGUACUUGGCAGCAAGGCUGUUUUAGUAUCUAUAACAUCAAUUGCUGAUUCAUCAAAUGUAGAGCUUCAAUGUUUUGACUUAGACACCAGGAAAAUUAUCCCAGACAUGACACAAAAAGUUGUCCUAGCAGAUCAUGGAGAACCAGAAAAUGCAGUUGUGUAUUUAUUCAGUAAGAAAGAGAAUGAGCUUGGUUACAGAGUCUUAUUAGCUACAACAGAUCAUGCUGUGUCCCUGAUUCAAUUUCCAGGACGGAUUAUGUGGUCACGGGAAGAAGCAUUAGCAGACAUAACAGCUGUAGAUGUAGUUGAGCUGCCAUUUUCACCUUCACAGCAAAAUUUUGAAACCCUUCAGGAAGAAUUUGGGGUUCAUCCCAAUGGUAAGUGAUCACUCUGUAAAUUCUCCUUACAAUAGUAUUUUUACAAAAAGAAGCUUAAGCAACGACGACUGCGACAACAAUGAGAACGGCAAAAAGGCAAUAGGUUUGGAUUAGCAAAACAACCACUUUGCACGUGCAUCACGCUUAUUUGUGCAUUUCUUUGCUGUCACUGCAUGACUAUGACGUGCAAAUGCCUAAUUUCAUGUCUUGACGAAGACGUGAGCAGAAGACAACGACUUUCUUUUUCUUUCCCUGUACUUUGACACAGUCCUUUAAUUCUGUUAUGUUGUAUUUAAUUUAUUUGUUUUCUAAGUAUUUGAGUGGAGUGCCUGUAAACUAGCUGGAAAAGCUAAGUGCUCUUUCCACUAUAAACAAACCUUAAAACCUUUUAUUUUCUCAAUUCAACUCCAGAAAAAUUUGCCAACAUUUGACAAAUUGUACGAGGUGGAAUAAGUGCCAUAAAGUUUGAGGCAGUGCAAAUUCAUUUUUGAAGUGACGUUUUUGCAUCCGUUGCCGUCUUAGUUGCUUAAGCUACCUAUUAUCAUGCACAUAGUGGGUCAAGAUAAUUUGUUUUAAUCAAGGAAGAUAAACAAACUUCUUUAAAGUAACCAGGCUUGUUACCCAGCAACCUCCUACCUCGCCUAAAUAAAUUUUUAUGAGGAAAGUAUGAUCAGCCCCAAAAAGGUCUUGUCCACUACUAAAUUUACAUAAUAAAUGUUCAGUUAAAGCUGGUCAAGCUUUCUUAUGAAGAAUAACAUUUGAACUUCAUUAUUUCAAUGUUGAAUUCAUUUAGUGUCAAUAUCACAUUCUUCAGUUGAAAUUUUGAAAAUUCAAAACACUCUUUGAUUCAAGAAUUCAAUUCUGAUUGGAUUAAUGAGCUAUUCUCCAAAACAGCAAAGUUCAACAACAAGUCAGUCUCUCUGGUGAGAAAAGAAAUCAUUUCUGAAAGGGUUGACCCAGUAAAGCCUCUCUGUACCAUGACUUUUCGGGUGCUUUACUCUGUUUCCAUGGAUGUGGAGCUUAAAACAGAGACUUCACUACGCAUUAACUAUUUUUUAACAAUAUUGUGUUGUUAUACAGAUGAUGUUCUGUCCAUGUUCAUUCGCCGCAUCCGUGCCCAGGUAAAACAGUUCCAAGUUCUCAUCAAGCAAUUUCAAGCCUUCCUCAAGGCCCAACAAGAGCAUGGCAUCUUUGCCGAGUCAGCAGAAGAUACAGAAGAACAACUGACCAGAGACCAGUUUAAUUUGCGAAAAAUGAUUUUGAUCGUUACAUCAUCUGGAAAACUCUUUGGUCUGGAUUCUGCAGAUGGAAGCAUAAUAUGGAAAUAUUUUCUUCCUGAUCUUGCUCCUUUUACUCAGAACAACAAGCAGUACUCAUUACUUUAUACUCAGCGAACUGUCGCUCACUUUCCAUUGACAGCUCAGUGUGUUGUACUGGGAAAAUCACGUUCAGCUGAAGGAUCGUUAUUGCAUGUCUUCAACCCGAUAACUGGAAAACCCAUUGGACCUGGCCAUCCAAAAGGAAAUCAGUUGUCGUACAGAGUGAUACAGUCCAUGCUUUUACCCCAUACGGGUAGGUAUACAUAGUCUCCUUUUAUCGGGGGGUGGGGAAGGGGAGGGAUUCUCCAUAUUGUUGAAAUUAUUGUGCAGAGCCCAAAUGGUGGUGUUUAAAAUUUUGUAGCAUUUUUAAAUGAAAAUUGANUUAUUGCAUGUCUUCAACCCGAUAACCGGAAAACCCAUUGGACCUGGCCAUCCAAAAGGAAAUCAGUUGUCGUACAGAGUGAUACAGUCCAUGCUUUUACCCCAUACGGGUAGGUAUACAUAGUCUCCUUUUAUCGGGGGGUGGGGAAGGGGAGGGAUUCUCCAUAUUGUUGAAAUUAUUGUGCAGAGCCCAAAUGGUGGUGUUUAAAAUUUUGUAGCAUUUUUAAAUGAAAAUUGAAAUCUUAGAAGUGGCUUCUAAUUUAGGGAUCAGUUUUCAAUUUUACUGGAGACAGGUUUUGUAACAUGAUCUGAAGGAAGGCCUUUCAUCACUUAACAAGUUGCCUUUUUGUUUUCACUUCAAGGAGUGGCCAAAGUCAAAAUUAGACAUAGUUAUGAAAUUUUAUCUUCUAAGAGGCUGAAAAACAAUAUUAAUAGUACCACAAGAAACUGCCUCCAAGAAGGUUUCUUGUGAAUGGUUUAACACUGCAGGAUUUUGACUACAGACUCAAAAGCAAGAACCAACUCUAAAAGACUCUAUCUUUCACUCUGAAAGUGAAAGGGUCAAAUUAUGGAUUAAAUAUGUGAGCUACAGACUACUUUAAAAAAACUGACCAGAUAUCAACUAACAAUUUAACUACUUGAUAAUCCCACAAAAUAGCAAUUUUGAUGGUGAAUAAAAAUAAUUUCUUUCAUGUGUUGUUAAUUAAUGUGUUCUGAGACUGCUUUGGUGAACCAUGUAUCCAAUAUUACAUUACUUUACAGAUGCCAAGCACACAAAGCUGCUUCUUCUUCUUGAUUCAUCCCUGAAUGUUCACGUGUUUCCUCGCACGGCUGAAGCGAAAGAAAUUGUAUCCAAGGCAGCAUCAUCAAUUUUCUUUUUCCUGGCCGAUAAAGAGAAGGGUGACAUAAGAGGCUACAUGCUAUUGUCUGAUGCUGGGAAAAGUGGAUUUCAUGUCAGAGAGAUGUGGAAUGUGAACAUUCCUCGCUCAUCACAGACCAUCAGUAGUAUAGGUAACAAGAGGACAGCCAGUUAGCAAGUUUUCAAAUACAUAGGAGUCAUUGACCAGGCGUGAGGUCGAGAUGGCUGGAUAUAGGCCAAGUCAUUUUUAACUUUUGCAUUUUUGUGGAUUGAGACAAAAACUUAGGAUUCACCUCAGCUUGCCUGGUCGUGGAGCUACCUGUAAAAUAUCUUCUCUCAUUCAUUUGAUAAAAUUGAACAUUGAAUGUCAUUGAAGGGGUUGGAACUCAGUCACUAUCCACCUACUGGUAGAGAAGUUAAUGCUGGAUUGAUUGCUGUGACCUUACUCCCGACAAACAACAGCUAAGGAUGAUGUGUGACUAAAGGUCCUGCAGCUUGAAACCCAACCCUUAUCCCAAUACUUUCAGUUGCACAAGAACCUCAUCACACCUGCAUGAUAGGGCCCUGUGCCAAGAAUUAUAACAUUCACAAUAAAAAUUCAUAUUUUUAAUAUUAUUCUUAAUAAGGAAAAGUGCAUCCAUAGUUUACUUCUUCUCUGAUGCAUCUUACCAGGUACUCUUAUUUUCUAGCAACUAAGAACCCACUGGAACAUGUACAUUCACAAGGAAAAGUUCUUGGAGAUAGAAGAGUUCUUUAUAAAUACCUGAACCCAAACCUGGUAGCUGUAGCAACUGAAGUAACCCCUGAUACAAAACCUGGCAUAUCAAUCUACCUCGUGGAUGCAGUGACAGGUUUGUUUUUUUUAUCAGUAUUAAAAAGGUAUUCUCACCUACUGAUGAGGAGUGAUACCCUAAACAGUAACUUUCAGUACAACAUGGUUGACUAAAGAACUGGUUAUAUGAAGUGAGCCAGCCUAGUUAAUCCAAACAGUGAGGGUCUUAACAGUGAAGAUAUAUCUUAAUUUUUGAGCAAAUUUUCCUUAUCAGUAUUUUUUUAAAGAAAUUUAUUGAAAACAGUGUUGUGGAGAACAAGCUUGCUGAUCUUCUAUUAUUGUUAUUAUUGUUAUUUUUAUUUUCGUCAGGGUUGGUCAUAUUCCAUACACGUCAUAAGAAUGCCAAAGGACCUUUUCACAUGGUGCACUCUGAGAACUGGCUUGUUUACUGUUUGUACAACACCAAGUCUCGUCGAUAUGAACUCACGGUUUUAGAACUGUAUGAUGGUUAUACAGAAAGAAACAGGUACAAUUUUGGUUGAUAUACUCACAUAAUUUUAAUACACAGCAGCCAUUCUAAACAAAACAAUAAUUCAAUAAUGAUUUAGAGGUGGCACAUCCACUUAAUGGUUCUUUGUCUUCCUGAUUUCUGGUCCAAUUGGGAUUACAUACAGGAAGUGUUGGUGCCGCAAUAAAUUCGAACCCCAGCCACAUUGGUCGGAGGCAAGUGCUGUCAUUAUAAGCCACCCAUGCUCCCCAUUUUGUCUUCUUACAAUCCAGAAGGUGUCCUAUAAAAACAUUGUUAAAUCCUGAAUGUUCCUANUUCUAUUAUUGUUAUUAUUGUUAUUUUUAUUUUCGUCAGGGUUGGUCAUAUUCCAUACACGUCAUAAGAAUGCCAAAGGACCUUUUCACAUGGUGCACUCUGAGAACUGGCUUGUUUACUGUUUGUACAACACCAAGUCUCGUCGAUAUGAACUCACGGUUUUAGAACUGUAUGAUGGUUAUACAGAAAGAAACAGGUACAAUUUUGGUUGAUAUACUCACAUAAUUUUAAUACACAGCAGCCAUUCUAAACAAAACAAUAAUUCAAUAAUGAUUUAGAGGUGGCACAUCCACUUAAUGGUUCUUUGUCUUCCUGAUUUCUGGUCCAAUUGGGAUUACAUACAGGAAGUGUUGGUGCCGCAAUAAAUUCGAACCCCAGCCACAUUGGUCGGAGGCAAGUGCUGUCAUUAUAAGCCACCCAUGCUCCCCAUUUUGUCUUCUUACAAUCCAGAAGGUGUCCUAUAAAAACAUUGUUAAAUCCUGAAUGUUCCUAGCCCAUGGAUGUUGUUUUUCUCUCAAAAAAGCUUAUAAAUGCUGUCUGUUUAGCUCAGCUGGAUGAGCUGAUCAAGCAAAAGGCCCAGCCAGACCACCUACAUCAUCUAAAACUGCUCAUAACACUACCUCCCCCAUGUCCCCUUAAGUAUUGCUGUGUAGGACAUUGCUUUAGAAAGACUUGAGGAGUCAACUUUUACUUUUACUUUUACUAAUAAAAGAGGGAGCUGUAAAUAUCCUAAAAUAGCGUUCCAGUUAAUUCUUUCAAGCAGGGGGUCUUGUAGACCAUCUGAGGGGUUGCCAAGACCACAUGCUAUUUUUGUCUAUUUUUGCUUUUUUACCUUAACACUUAUAUGUCAUCUGUCAGGUUAGGAAGCUUUCUUUGUCAUUGACCCGAGACCCGUCUGUUAUCUGGAACGCUGUCCUAAUACCUGCCUGAGAAAAUUUAGUUAUCACAUAACAUCCUAACUAUUAUCAACUUGUCAUUCUCAUUUCAGCUCUGCCUUGUCAUCAUUUGAACCUCCACCCAUGCCUUUAGUCUUACAACAGUCCUACAUCUUUCCCACGACUAUCCGUACUGCGUCAGUCACCAUAACAGAAAGAGGCAUUACCCACAAGAACCUGCUGUUCGGUUUACAAACUGGUUACAUUCUCAGUCUGCCUAAAAACUACCUGGACCCACGCAGAAAAUUUGUGUCGACAGCAGAAGACCGUGAAGAAGGACUCCAUCCAUAUAUUCCAGAACUGAUGCUAAAUCCCUUGGCAUUCAUUAACUACAACCAAACUGGUACAUAAAACAUUAAAGUUGCACAUUUUUUGUACAUCCAUUAAUUCCCCGCAUGUACAUACUGCAGGAGGUGGGAAUAUUAAGAAGUUGAUGUACAACUUGCCUGCUAAAAGACUUUUGACCCUGUUUAGACCAGAAUGUGUGAUUACGUUUUUUUUCUUAACCAUAUAUUGAAUAUCUGAAUAAUGGUGUAUUUUUGUUCUAUUGCUUCUUACUGUCAGUUGCCAACAUUGAUGGUAUCUACACUGCGGGAUCAGGCCUGGAAUCAACAUGUCUAGUAUUUGCGCAUGGGUUGGAUCUUUACUGGACCAGGGUCACACCAUCUAAGAUGUUUGACGUACUCAAAGACGAUUUUGAUUACUGGUUCAUUCUUGGUACACUUGGAAUCUUAGUCCUUGUAACUAUUGUCUCUCAGAGACUAGCAUCAAUUAAAAUGCUCCGACAGGCAUGGCAGUGAGAAGGCACUCCUCCUAACUACAGUCUGCACUGUUUAAUGGUUGAGGGACUGAUACCAGCUCAUUCAUGUACAUUUGCGAGUUGGGUGAAAAUUGAUCUUUCUAAAAUACAAGUACCAUAAGAUUUCAGGCAAUAUUCAGUUCACUUAGUGGCUCAUCAUUCAUAGGUUUCUUGUGUGUUGGAGAGUUGUUUGUACCCUAAUUAAGCUGUCUGGAAGGACAUUUUUGAGAAUUGGUGUGUCAAAAAAAAAAAGUUCUCAAACUUUAAAAGUCCCAAAAUUACUAGACUGCAAAACAUUCGGGAUUUUUCUCAAAAUCAGUAAAGAAAUCAGUAAAGAGUGGAGAAAGAGUCUUACAUGCACGAAGUGCGCGAGGAAAAUACGGACUGUUUUGCAGUCUACAAAAUUACCAUCUGCCACCGUCUGUGUUUUUUGAGUGAUGUUGAUUAGUGCAAUGUAAAAUUUCAGAUCAUAAGAGCCUUGACCAUUCAUGGCAUAGUUUUUGUAGACAACAAACUUUGCACAAAACCACCUCUCUCUAUCCAGACAUGAAUUAUUGGGUAUUGGCAAAGUAUUGUUGUGUUGCUGUGAAUAGCCCUAAGAUGGACCUGUAUUCUGGCCGAGGGAGGUGGUAAUACUCUUAGGUGGUCAAUUCCACUGACAGAAGCAGGGUUUAAAAUGGUUAGAUGGUCUUUUUUGUGUGACAUUUUUAGUGAGUUUAAAGAACUGUGAUGGUCAUGGCAAGAUGAUAAUGCAUUAAGCAAAACAUCACUACUCUUCUUGUCCAUCAUUUGUUGAUACAUUUAUUUGCUGUCCUCUUCAUAGCUCUACAUGAAAUCUCCUUAGCAAACUGUUGUGGAGAACUUGAACACACGCCAAAAAAUUUUUUCUUUCUCCAAGUUCUGAACUUUGAUGUAGUUCCUAAAAAUUCAACCCCAGAAAACCUUGGCAUAUUUCAAUGGGCAUGCAAUUAUUUAAGAAUGUAAAUUUACUUUUGGUGGUGAAAUUUUCACUGCUAAAAAGAAUGUGGCAGCUAGAGCUCCCUUCUUUAUUACUCUUGUUUUGGCUCAUUCAUAUAAUAUUACUGUCAAAUUUAAAACCAUUUUAUUAUAAUCAUGAUGGAAAGCUUUGCAUCUGUCAUGAUUAUUUGCUGCUAUUUUGCUUAUGGCUGCUUUUACGCUAG